UGUCUCUUUCUCCCUCCCUCUCUCUCUCCUCUCUCGGGUCUCCCUCUCCGUUACUUUGCAAGGAGCGCAGUCCGGGGCGCGCGCGGACCAGCAGUGGCUCCUCAGUCCUCUCUGGAGACAUCCCUUGCCAAGAGAACCUGACCCUGGGGUCCCAGGCCGUCUGUCGGGCCGCGGCCAGGUGAGGGGCUCGCGCCACCAAGCCCUUACCUGAGGGGCGGGGCCACGCCUGGGUGCCCAGCCCCCGCCACCCCGAGACUCCGCCCACGCUGGGUCACUGGUUUCCGGCCCCUCGGACUAUUUUAAGGAGCGCGCGCGACCGUAGUGGCCUCAGCCCCCAGCCUGCCACGCUCCGGCUCCCGCUCCCUCCCCCACCUCUCCUGUGCUCCCGGCCGGCAUGGGUCCCCGGCUGGGCUCGCUGCUCUCUGCCCUCCUGCUGCUUCUUUACGUCGCGGGCACCGCGCACUGUGACACUCCUGCCAACUGCACCUAUCCUGACCUGCUGGGCACCUGGAUCUUCCACGUGGGCCCUGGUGGUUCCCAGCGCGACGUCAACUGCUCGGUUAUGGGACCACCAGAAAAAAAAGUAGUGGUGCACCUUAAGAAGUUGGAUACAGCAUAUGAUGACUUUGGCAAUUCUGGACGUUUCACCAUCAUUUACAAUCAAGGUUUUGAGAUUGUGCUGAAUGACUACAAGUGGUUUGCCUUUUUUAAGGAUGUCACUGAUUUUAUCAGUCAGUUUUUCAUGCAACUGGGAACUGUUGGGAUAUAUGAUAUGCCACAUCUGAGGAACAAACUGGUUAUUAAAUAGAGCAUCUGUUGAGGGGCUCUUUAAAACCACAGCCAAAAACAGACCUUGGGGCUCAGAGGGAGAGCAGCAUGCAGCCGUGGACCUGCCUACCUCUAACAGCUAGCAGAGGCCUCUAGCAGCUACAGUCCCUUCUGGAGCCUUUAUGUGCAUGUAACAUGCAGAGGAGUCCUGGUAACCUACCUCCAAGGCAGCUGCCCUCCUGAACAUUCCUUGGAAAGCAGCAACCACCAUUUUGGAAUGUGAACAACCAAAGACUACACAGGAAAGAGGAAAAAAAAAUCUGGAAGUCUUAGGUGGCUUCACCAUACAGCCUUUGAAUAAACGCAAUCAUACCCAACGUAUUUUUCUCUCCCCCCCCCCCUCGCUUUUGAUUACUCUUCUGUUGAAAUGAUUUUUUUCCAAAUCUUUACUGCUUAAGACGUAAAUUAUUUGUUUUGUUCUGUUCACAGUGCAAAUUUUACUCACAGCUAAAUGAUCUUCCCGAGUCCUUCUGUAAUUACCUUGAAGAACUCCAACAUCUAUUGUAAGAAAAUCAGGCUUCAGAAUAUUUUGAGAUGUAGAUACAUUAUGGGUGGGAAGGUGGCCCCAGAGAGGACACAUUUAGGGGAGAGGGCUUUCUCAACUGAGCCAAACUGCUGAAAGUUGUUUUUUUGCAGACAAUAGGCCUGCAGUAUCCCUAUCUAGAAAGAUGGUAUGAUUAUUAUACUUUUUUUUUUUGCUUGUUUUUUGAUUAGGUGGCAGCCUUGUGCCAAGAACUUGACAUACUCUCAUCUUUCAAAAAUCCUAUAAAGUAGAUACUACUAGCUUCAUUUUACAGAUAGGGAAAAUUAUUCUCAUUCAGUGCUUACACUCACACAGCUUCUAGCUGUAAAAUGAUGUGGGCUAUUUAUCAAGCCUGUUUCACGAAGUAUUGAUACCUGAAGUCAAAUUUGGGUAGAAUUUCUGGUGCCUCCCAGUCUGUAGGCAUCACAAAUGUUCCUUCAAUGCACUGCAUUGGCUUCUAUUGAAAUUUUAGGAGAAUUGACUUGAAGCUUAUGUUUCCUUACCAAAUGAGGCCACUUACUUUCUUUCCUAAGCCAGAGUCCCUUUAUUCAAGACAAAAAUUUACUUUCUCCUUCCCUUCGUAGGUUGCCAAAUUGGAAGGAGAGUUUUGGAAACUUCAAAUGAAGUACCCUUGCCAAAUGGACUUCUCUUAAUUACACUAUUGUUCAAACUGAUUGCUAUCUUUUAGCUUUUUCCUGCUAAACAAUGGACUAGUUUCCACCUUAGUUGUUUAGAAUUGUUUAAUACCAGCCUUCAUAAACCAAAAAUGUGGGGCUACGCCUAAUCCAUAUCACCUGGUAGGACUUUUCCCCUGCAUCCCUUGAAUUCCUCUGUGAAUGGAGGAAUCUUCCUCUGCAUAGUAGGCUCUCAUCAUUAAUUGGUUUGUAUAGUUUUCUAUGUCAUUUGAGAGGCACUGAUCUGUUCUGGGAAGGUUAUAUCUUAUAAAAGAUUAAGUAACAGUACAUCUGACUACUACUUGGGUAUUUUCUUCCAUCCUGAUAAUUCUUUUUUCCUUUUAAUGAUUUUUAUUUUUUCCAUUAUAGUUGGUUUACAUCCUGAUAAUUAUCACUCAGGACCUCAAGGCCACCUCUGUGAAACUCCCUGGCUCUCCAUUGGUGGGAGGAAUGCCAUUAUUUUGGUUCCAAUUGUACUUUGCAGGUAUCUCUGCCCUGGUAGUACUAACUCUGCUGUAAAUUGAACUAUUUGAUAGCAUAUUUUCUUCUUCCAAACUGAAAAUCUGUGUUUCUCCCUACAUAUCUUCACCUAUUGCAUGCAGAUCUUUAUCUUGGGACUUUAGUUUGGAAAAUUAUCCAUAUUUCUUCUGUCUUUUGAAAGACAUUACUUUCAGAAGUAAUACCAACUUACAAAGAAUUGAUUCUGUAGGGCUCUAGAGGCACAAAUCAGAAAUGGUGCUAUGUUUAUAUUUUAGGUUGUCUGUCCUAAAAAAAAAAAAUACCAGGUUACAUGCCUCCAGAGUUCUUUCAGAGUUGUGUGUUUUCAAAAUGACUGUCUGGAUGUAAAUACUGAAAAAACAACCAAUGUGUAUGAAAAUAUAUUUAACAUGGCAUUUAAAAACCAUACCUACUAAACUGUUGGUGGUGGUGGUUUUUUCUCUUGUUUCUUUGAGUAAAUUUGCAUGUAAAUGUUUGUACUGAUUAUGGAAGAGAAGACUUGGGUACAAAAUUGUAGGUAUAUGUGUCAGAAGGCCCCAUAGCAGAUGACUGUUGAGCAUUCUCUGUUGUAAUUGUCUGUCUUUUAAACUCCAUGAGGGCAUUGAUCAAUUACUGACCAUUUUAUUCUCUAUGUAUAGCACAAUAUGUGAUAAAUAACAGGCCUUCAAUAAAUAUUUGUACGAAAGUGAAAACUGGAUAAUA